CAUGUUCCCUUUCCUCAGAUGAUGCACCAUCCAAAACCACCAGAAGAAAAUGUAACUACACCAGUAGAGUUUGUUCUGUUGGGAUUUGCUGAUGUCCCUCAUCUGCGGUGGUUUCUAUUUGGGUUAUUCUUUGCCAUCUAUACGAUUAUCCUGUGGGGUAAUGGCACCAUAUUAAUAAUAACAAAAGUGGAUCCGACUCUCCAAACACCCAUGUAUUAUUUCCUUGGGAAUUUUUCCUUUUUGGAAAUCUGUUAUGUAUCAGCAACCCUCCCUAGAAUGCUCCUGAACCUUGCGACCCAAAGAAGAAACCUCUCUUUAGUUGCCUGUGCUACACAAAUGUGCUUUGUUCUGAUCCUGGGAGCUACAGAGUGUUUCCUUCUGGCUGUCAUGGCCUAUGACCGCCAUGUGGCCAUUUGUCAACCUCUACACUACCCUCUAAUUAUGAACCCUAAGGUCUGCACUAAACUGGUGGCUGGGUCCUGGGUUAGUGGGAUUCCAGUCCAAAUAGGACAGACAAUCCAGGUUUUCUCUGUGCCAUUCUGUGGCUCUAACCAAAUCAACCACUUUUUCUGUGAUAUCCCUCCAAUACUUGGUCUUGCCUGUGGAGAAAUCCUUGUGAACAAAAUGAUGGUCUACCUAGGGGCUAUACUAUUUCUUUUUGUUCCACUUCUGUUCAUUCUUGUCUCCUAUAGCAAAAUCAUCACUACAGUUCUUAAAUUGCCAUCAACAACAGGUCGGGCCAAGGCCUUCUCUACCUGUUCAUCUCAUCUUGCCGUGGUCGGGUUAUUCUUUGGGUCAAGCAUUAUUACCUAUUUAAGACCUAAGAGUGAUCACUCAGCAGAAAAGGACAAAGUGCUUUCUCUGUUCUAUACCAUUGUGACUCCCAUGUUCAAUCCCAUUAUAUAUACCUUAAGGAACAAAGAUGUCAUAAUGGCACUGAAAAAAUUAUUUAGUAAAUAA